GCUGCAGAGGCGACUCAGCCACGGUGGCCACCAGCCCAAGGAAUUACAUCCACGCCAGCUUCACAAUGAGUUGUUUACUGGCCUUGGCUGCCUGUGGGAAGAGCCAAGGAGAGCGGAGGAAGAGGAGAGACAAACACAAUGCGAGCGAGACGCGUUAGGGGGGAGGCUGGGCUUUAGCAGCAGCCCCGGCAUUUCAGCCCUAUGGAAGCAGAGAGGGCUGAAAAGGGAAUAAAAUGAACCAUCCACCGCCUUGCUGCUGCUGCCAGAAGAGCCUCGUCCCUACCUGAAGGGCUGGUAUCGAAGGAUGAAAGGAUCCAUGAGGGAGAUGCGGUAGGAAGGAGUCCAGCCACCUCCCUGGAAUGUGCUCCUUCGGGAAGGGACGAGCUCCCUGCCUUAUUUUAUGGAUGUCACUGAAGUAGACUUUGAAGGCCUUUGGAAGCCCAUCCCAGACUUGGCAUGGGAAACCACAGCAACAACCAUACCUGCCUGACAGAUGAUUCCUUCAAGUACAACCUGUACGGGGCCGUGUACAGCGUGGUCUUCAUCCUUGGCCUGAUCACAAACUGCGCCUCCCUCUUCGUUUUCCUCUUCCGGAUGAAGAUGCGGAGCGAGACGGCCAUUUUCAUGACCAACCUGGCGGUUUCAGACUUGCUUUUCGUCUUCACUUUGCCCUUUAAGAUUUUUUACAACUUCAACAGGCACUGGCCCUUCGGGGACAGCCUGUGCAAGAUCUCGGGCACGGCGUUCCUCACCAACAUCUACGGGAGCAUGCUGUUCCUCACGUGCAUCAGCGUGGAUCGCUUCCUGGCCAUCGUGUAUCCCUUCCGCUCCCGCACCAUCCGCACCCGCAGGAAUUCCGCCAUCGUCUGCGCCGGCGUUUGGAUCCUGGUCCUCAGCGGAGGAAUUUCGGCCUCGCUCUUCUCCACCACCAACGUGUCCAACACCAGCACCACCUGUUUCGAAGGGUUCUCCAAACGGAUCUGGAAAACCUACCUGUCCAAGAUCACCAUAUUUAUUGAGGUGGUGGGAUUCAUCAUCCCUCUGCUGCUCAACCUCACGUGCUCCUCGCUGGUUCUCCGGACUUUACGGAAGCCGGCCACCCUGUCCCAGAUUGGGACGAACAAGGAGAAAGUGCUGAAGAUGAUCAUCGUGCACGUGGCCAUUUUUGUCGUGUGCUUUGUCCCCUACAACUCCAUCCUGUUCCUGUACGCGCUCGUGCGCUCCCAGGCCAUCGCCAACUGCUCCCUGGAGAGGUUUGCCAGGACCAUGUACCCCAUCACGUUGUGCAUCGCCACCCUCAACUGCUGCUUUGACCCCUUCAUCUACUACUUCACCUCCGAGUCCUUCCAGAAGUCCUUCAACAUCAAAACCCAGAUCAAGAUGGAUUCUCUUUUCAAGACAGAGAUGCCGCUCACAAAGACGGCGCUGCCGGCGCCGCAGGACGAGAUCAGCGACCAGGCCAUCACCAACGGAGGGGAUCCCACGUCUGAAUCCCAUUUCUAGGGAGGUGUUUACACAGGGAGUGAUCCCCCAUUCACUCCUGCUUAACACCACGUGGCAAAGAGCAGCUCCAGAAAAAGGGGGGCUCACACGUGGGGUUAGUGAAGAAAAGCUGCUGGGGGACCACGGAUCCUCGCACAUUCCACAGGUGAACACAAAGUGUGAAAAUCCCCAUGGAUCUUCCUUUGGAGAUUAUGGAUAGGCUACAACACAUGCAUCAACUCAGGAGGGAACAGAACAGCUUCUUUAACCAACAUUUGGCAUUUUCCCCCCUCAGCAGUUGACAUGGGACCAGUUGGGAAAUAGAAAAUUUCAUUUUCUUAGAGAAUCCUGCCAAUAUUUCUGCCUUCUGGAGGUGCAUCCUCAUCCUCAUAUGUUAACACAGUAACUUCCCACAAUAUGUAUGUUUGCUUACAAAGGCAUAAUAAAAGCUUGUGGCUUUUCCUUACUCCAC